AGCCCCAGCUUCACUCCCUGAGGUCUGUCCUGGGGAGACUCUGCUGCUCCGGGGGGCUGACCUGGCGGGGAGUGGCCGCGCAGUUAGCUCAGGCGCGGUUUUGCGCGCGCAGCCACUGGCCCCUCUGCUCCCGGGUCUGCCCCCCCGGGACACCUUCUGCCCCGCCCCAGUCAUGCAACUUUACCUGCCUCUCCUCUGGGGAUCUUUCGGAAGCAGUUGCCCACCCCGGGUGCUCGGGCCCUGACCGUGAUGGAAGACCAAAACCUGGUGCGACUAAACUUGACAAUACAUCCAGAUUCUCUGCAGAAGUGAGACUUUCCAAAGGACCAAUGACUCUGUUUCCUGUGUCCUUUCAUUUUUUCCUACUCCAUAACUAUGUCUCGAUCCCGCCAUGCAAAACCUUCCAAAUUGGUCAGAAAGGAAGAUUUAACCAAAAAGAAAAACAUCCAGCUGAAGAAGACAUCCAAGCCAGCCAACAAAAAUGUGACAUCUGUCAAGACUGUGAGCCUUGGAAAAGUAAAGAAAUUCCUUCAAGAAGGAGAUGUUAAGAAAAAAACAGAUCCUAAACCACCUACGCCAGUCAGAAGCCUUCUGACAAGAGCUGGAGCAGCCCGAAUGAAUUUGGACAGGACGGAGGUUCUUUUUCAGAACCCGGAGUCCUUAACUUGCAAUGGCUUUACAAUGGCUCUCCGAAGCACCUCUCUUAGCAGGCGGCUUUCUCAACCCCCAGUGGUUACAUCUAAACCCAAGAAAGUUCCACCUUCCAAGAGUUUAGAAAAGCAACAUGAGUCUGACUAUAAGGUAGUCAAUGAGACGGGAGGAAAGGGCUCAGAAAAUGAUUCGGUCCCCAUCCAUGAUCCAGAUCCCCUCAUCCUCCCUGAUAUAGAGAAUCUAAUCAGUGUACAACAUACAUCUUUAAUUGAAGGUGAGAGUCAAGAGACAACUCAGUCUUCGUCUCAAGGGAUAGAGGAUACCAAAUUCCAUGUACCCGCUCAUAGUAGCCCUUCAGCAGGGAUCCUUUCUGGGCCGUUGGAAGGGACACAUUGUAGUGAAGGACCAUUCUCUGAACAGAUAUCAAAUGGUAUCAGUGAUUCUCCUGGAAUGUUUGCUCAGGACACUCUAGUUGCCCCUUUAAUCCAAAGAUCAGCCCCCGAAGUUACCUCUGAAAGUACCAUUCAGUUAGAAGAUUUGGGUUCCCAAGUACAAUCUCUAAAGCUAACUGAUUCUUAUCUGGAACCUGUGAAGAGUGAACCUACUUGUUUCCCAUCUCCCAGUUUUAAUAAGAUUAUACCUGAAUUAGAUGUUAGAAAUUGCUUGUCUCUUGGUGGGUCUGUAUAUCCCAACACUCUAAUAAAACUCCUCUUGGCAGGCUCAGAACCAGAAACCCUUGGUGCUCAACCAGAUCAUCCAGGGGCCUUCAAAUCUACCCUAGAUCAAGAGGAAGUUCCUGAUACCACCUCUGUCCUAAGACAGGCCUUCAGUGCUAUCCCUCAUCAAUGGGAAUUUCCUGGUGCUAACUCAGUUCAUGGUGAGGCUCUCGGUGAGACCCCAGACCCACCAGAGAUUCCUGGUGCUAUUUCGGUCCAAGGAGAAGUCUUUGGUACUAUCCCAAACCAACAAGUAAUGCAUGGUGUGGUUGGGGAUGCUGCCCCAGACCUGCCUACUUUUCUUCCUAUUGUUCCGAACCCAACUGCUACUUGUAAUGCUCCCCUCAACCUCAAAUGUCCUGAGCCCCAGAGCGCUGUCCCAUAUGGGCUUGAGGUCCAGAGUGCUACGCCAGUUUUGCCUUUGGGCUCAGGACACACUCCUCAAUUAUCAUCAAACUCUGAGUUAGGUUCCAUACCUCCAGGAACAACUGCAAGCAAUGUAGAAAAUGAGAAGCACGUUCCAAGAAGCCUUCUGCCAGCUCACACUCAGGGGUUCACUUCCACCUCUGUUUCACUGGGUGUGACCCCAGUCUCCCAAGCCAAUGCCAGUAUAUCAGAAGGAGGAAAUUCCCAGGUUAGCAUGACCAGCUUGGCUGAUGUUAACACCACAGGGACAUCUGUGCCAGUGUCAGUUGCCAAUACCACCUCUUCUCCCUCUACCACCUUGGUACCAACUUCGGAAAGAAAGAAACGAAAGCGAUGUGGGGUCUGUGAGCCCUGCCAGCAGAAAGACAACUGUGGCGAAUGUACUUACUGCAAGAACAGAAAGAAUAGCCAUCAGAUCUGCAAGAAGAGGAAAUGCGAGGAGCUGAAAAAGAAGCCAUCUGUGGCUUUGGAGGUUAUAAAAGAAAACAAGAGGCCCCAGAGGGAAAAGAAGCCCAAAGUUUUAAAGGUAGAUUUUGACAACAAAUCAGUAAAUGGCCCCAAGUCAGAAUCCAUGGAAUACAGCAGAUGUGGUUAUGGGGAAGAAAACAGUUUGGAAUUGAACAGACAUCCCCUUGAAAAUGUAACUAAAAAUGAAGAAAGCAUGACAGGUAUCAAGGUGGACAGGUGGACACAAAAUAAGAAAAUACAUUUAACAGAUCAGGUCAAUGGAGAAAGUGUAACAGAGGCUGAAAAAUCAAAAAACUCUGAUGAUGAUAAGGAAGAAAUUAAACCUCCUAAGUUGUUUGUACCAACAAUAAGUAAUGGCAUUACAAAUGUACAGUGUUUACCAAGUGAAACAAAUGUGUCAUUUAACAAAUUUAAUAUUGAAGAAUUUGAUAAGUCAUUGGAAAACAAUCCCUGUAAAUUUUUGAAAGAUACUGCCAAUCAUAACAAUGCCAUGAGCUCUAUUCCUUCUAGUGCAAGUGGUGGUCAUCUCAAGGGGAAGAGUCACAUGUUACCCUUCUCACAGCCUGGCUUUAACUGCAUACUCGUUGAAAAUUCUGCAAACUUAAAUAGUCAUACUAAUGCACACAAUGAAGGAGAUCAACCAAAACCUCCUGAGAACAUACCAAGUAAAGAAACAAAAGAUGGGUCUCCAGUUACAUCAUGUAUUUUAUCCAUGAUGCAAGAUAGGAAUUUAACUAUAGAACAAUUGGUCGCCAUAGAGGCCCUCACACAACUGUCAGGAACCCCAUCAGAGAAUUCUUCACCAUCGAAGUCAGAGAAGGAUGAAGAAACAGAUCAGACAACACCUUGUUUCCGUAAUAGUUACAAAGUUAUCCUCUAUUCUGUAACAAAAGACCUCCAUGACCCAAACUCACCAGCCCUUCAUAACUGUCCACCUCUCCAAAAGGAAAGUUCUUGCAACACAGUAGUGUUCAAUGGCCAAAAUACCAUGUCCAAGUCACAGCACAGCUCAGCCACGAACCAAGCAUCUGAAGAACCACAUGAACAUUCAAAAGUAUCAAAUUCGGACUCCCUUUUUUCCCCAAAAUCAAAUUCAUCUAAUAUUGAUACCAAUAAAAGUGCAUUGGAAGGCAGAACUAGUCUUAAUGACUUGCCUCACUUGUCGCCAAGAAGUAAUAAAUUGGAGCAAUCUAACCAGUUAUUGGACAGUAAUAAAAGUUUAAAUUCAAAAGGUGAUCCAUCAAGUCAAGAUGUAUCCUACAGUCAAAUUGAAGAAGAUGUUGCAACACAAUUAACACAACUUGCAUCAAUCAUUAAUUUCAACUAUGUAAAACCAGAGGAAAAGAAUAUUGAAAGUACCCCAACAAGCAUUGUUCCAUAUAAUGUGCAGCAAAAAAUUAGUCAGGAGAAGGGCACAAUUCAACAGAAACCACCACCAAGUGUGCAAAAUAAUCAAGCUCCAUCGUUACCAAAGCGAAAGAACACAACCCAGAAAAAGACAAAAUCUAUCCCAUCAAAAGAUCGUCGGAAAAAGAGGCCUUUAGCUAUAAACUGUCAAGAAAACAAGCAGAAGCAGCAGGAGCAGUUGUCCUAUGAAUAUAGUAAGUUACAUGAUAUUUGGGUAGCAUCCAAAUUUCAAAGAUUUGGUCAAUUUGGGUCACAUGAUUUUCCUAUUCUGCUGGGGAAAAUUCCUCAUUUUGGGAAAGUACUCAAACCACUGACUCAAGCCAGUUUAUCCCUACAUCAGAAAAAAUUAUUUCCUCCACUCACUCAGAUAAAAUUUGAGAGAGACACUGAAUCAGUACAGCAAAAAAUGAUGAAGGUUGAACCAUUGGAUUCUCUCCCAUUAUUUCCUAACAAAACAGAAUCUGAUGGGCAGCAGUUUACAGACAAAGCUUGUAAUUCUCAGGUACAGUCAACAGUGAAUGUCAAUCAGAAAGCUCAUCUUGUGCCCCAGGCCUCCUUUCCACCUAACCAGUGUGCUAAUGUGAUGGCUAUUGAUGACCAAACACGGUUUCAAGAAGAUAUUCAAGAGCAUCUUGUGCAUCAGAGACUGACAACAUUGCCUGGUGUCUGUUAUGAGACACCCUUACCAGACCCUGCACAUAUUCUCAGGAAUGUUAAUGCAGGAAGUUCAGGAGGAAUUAGAGUGGUUUCUAUCAAAACUGAAGAGACGGUCUGUUCAUCUAGUGUUGAAACAUUAGAUUUUUCACUGGCAGACAGUGUACAGACAAAUUUUAAUUAUGCCGUGAACUUUCUUAGUAACCCUGCAAAAAAAUUGGCGGCUGCAACAAAAGAAUCAGAAGCUCCGGCUUGCAACUGUCUUGAUCGAGGUAUACAAAAAGACAAAGGCCCAUAUUAUACACACCUUGGGGCAGGACCAAGUAUUGCUGCUGUCAGGGAAAUCAUGGAGAAUAGGUAUGGCCAAAAAGGAAAGGCAGUAAGGCUAGAACAAAUCGUAUACACAGGAAAAGAAGGAAAAAGCUCUCAUGGGUGUCCGAUCGCUAAGUGGGUUAUAAGAAGAAGCAGUGAGGAAGAAAAAGUUCUUUGUUUGGUCCGGGUGCGUACAGGCCACCACUGUGAAACUGCUGUGAUGGUGGUGUUCAUCAUGAUAUGGGAAGCCUUAUGUCCUCCAAUUGCGGACAGUUUAUAUCAGGAGAUUGUUGAGAGUCUACGGUCAUACAAUGGUCAUCCGACAGACCGAAGAUGUACCUUCAAUGAAAAUCGUAACUGUAUAUGUCAAGGAACUAACCCACAGACUUGUGGAGCUUCAUACUCUUAUGGCUGUUCAUGGAGCAUGUAUUUCAAUGGAUGUAAAUUUGGUAGAAGCCCAAACCCCAGAAGGUUUAGAAUUGAUCCCAGCUCUCCCAGACAUAACCUCUAUGACAGAAUUACUAAAGGACGUAAUGCAAGAAGAAGACUUAAGAAACCGGAACGAGUCUGUCCGGAACACAAGGCCAUGGAACAAUUCUUUGAAGGUAUUUUACAGGGAUUGGCUACAAAAUUAGCUCCAUUGUAUAAGCAGAUGGUUCCUGAAGCUUACAAAAACCAGGUGGAAUAUGAACAUGUUGCCCAAGAAUGUCGACUUGGUUAUAAGGAAGGUCGUCCUUUCUCUGGGGUCACUGCUUGCCUAGAUUUCUGUGCCCAUUCCCACAGAGACAUACACAACAUGAAUAAUGGAAGCACCGUAGUAUGUACUUUAACCCGAGAAGAUAACCGCACCCUGGGUGUUAUUCCUGAGGAUGAGCAGCUCCAUGUCCUGCCUUUGUAUAAACUUGCCGACACUGAUGAGUUUGGGUCCAGAGAAGGGAUGGAAGCCAAGGUCAAAUCUGGAGCCAUUCAGUUCCUUCAACCAACUUGCAAAAAAAGAACACGUUUUACUCAGCCUGUUCCUCGAUCCGGGAAGAAGAGGGCAGCAAUGAUGACCGAAGUUCUUGAGCGCAAGAUUAGGGUAGUGGAGAAGAAGCAAAUGCCUCGAGUCAAGCGGAAGAAUAACUCUGCCCUGGCAAAGAACAGUAAAACUUCAUUGGUGCCGCUCCCAGGGAAUAAUAGUGAGACAGUGCAACCUGAAAUAAAAGGUGAAACUAAACAUCAUUUUAUCUUCAAAGGCUCAGAGAACACUAAAUGCUAUUCAUUGACCCCAUCCAUUCCUCCAACAGUGAAUGAGGCAACCCUGUCUCCAGUCUUCUGUUACCCGAAGACUUCUUCCAUGCCAACAGCUCCAUUUAAUUUCAAUAAAGUAGCCUCGUCCGGGUUUUCAGAAAGAAGUAGCAUUCCCCACUGCUCAAUGCCUUCUGGAAGACACAGUGGUGCUAAUGCAGCUGCUGGGGAAGGCACUGGAAUUGCACAGCCCAGCGACCUGGCUCCUCCUCCCUCACUGCCUCCUCCCAUGACAGAUUCCCUUGCUUUUUCUGAGCCUCCCACUGGUCCAACUGAGCAGCUAACUACUAAUCAGCCAAAUCAGCAGCCCCCAUUCCUCAUUUCUCCUCAUGAGCCUGCUUCCUGUCUGGUGGAAGAAGAUGAGCAACAUUCUGAAGCAGAUGAGCCUGUAUCUGAUGACCCCCUAUCAGACGACCUUCUUUCACCUGCUGAGGAAAAAUUUCCUCACAUCGAGGAAUAUUGGUCAGACAAUGAGCACAUCUUCUCGGAUCCCAAUAUUGGUGGGGUGGCAAUUGCACCCACUCAUGGUUCUGUCAUGAUUGAGUGUGCCCGGCGAGAGCUUCAUGCUACCACUGCUGUGGCACACCCAAACCGCAAUCAUCCUGCUCGCCUCUCCCUUGUAUUCUACCAGCACAAAAACCUGAAUAAGCCCCACCAUGGUUUUGAACUAAACAGGAUUAAGUUCGAGGCUAAAGUAGCUAAGAAUAAGAAAAUGAAGGCCUCAGAGCUGAAAGACCAGGCAGCUAACAAGGGUGCUGAACUGUCCCCUGAAAUCAAUGAAUUGAACCAAAUUCCAUCUCAUAAAGCAUUAACAUUAACCCAUGACAAUGUUGUCACUGUGUCCCCUUAUGCUCUAACACAGGUUGCAGGGCCCUAUAACCGUUGGGUCUAAAGGCUUUCCUCCCCUUCUUAUCGCCUUUCCUCAUGCAGUGUAUUUUUUCAAGGUGCUGUUAAGAGAAAGUCAUGUUGUCGUUUACUCUAUCUUCAUCUCACCCAUUUCAAGUCUGAGGUAAAAAUUUUAAAAAUGGGGUGGGUACUUAACUGUGACUAUUUUGUCAAUUGGUAGAAGGUGCACAUUUUAAGCAAAAAUAAGUUUUCUAGUUUUAAAUAUAUAAAGAAACGUUUUGGUUAGGUGUUAACCUUGACAGAAUCACUCAGUUUGGUGCUUUAAAUUAAGUCUGUUUAUUAUGAAACAAGAGUCAUUUUUAGAGGAUUUUAACAGGUUCAUGUCUGUGAUGUAAAGUCAAGACACAGUGUUAACUCUACACAGCUCCUGGUGCUUAACCACAUUGACACAGUUAAAAAUAAGCUGAAUCAUUGUUUCAUGGUGCCAUGUUCCAAUAUCUUCCAAUCAUUGCUAGAAAAUCAGCAUUUUCCUUUGAAAUAAACCAAUGAAAUGCUUUCUCUCUUUAAAUAUUUCUCCUGUAUAAAAUAAUUCAUUAUGUUUGUAAUGGUUGGAGGCUGUUCGUAAUUGUAAAUAUAUAUAUUUUAAAAGCACUUUCUAUUUUUAAAAGUAACUUGAAAUAGUAUAGUAUAAGAAUCCUAUUGUCUAUUGUUUGUGCAUAUUUGCAUACAAGAGAAAUCAUUUAUUCUUGCUGUGUAGAGUUUCAUCUUGUUAAAUGCAACAUGUUCUUUGCAUCGUGUAUAUGGUUUUUAUUCUUUUAAUGUGUCCUUUCACGUUAUAUAAUAGCAACCUAUAUAAAAUAGUGAAUAAUUCCUAAAAUUGGACUUAAGAAACAUAUCAUCAAUAUUGACUAAGUUGUUUUAAAUUUUAAAAUAGUGUGGUCUCUUAUGAUUUAUUGAGCUACCAUGGCCUCAAGUUACUUUCAUCCCAGCUUUUUCAAUAUAACCCAUUAAACAAGUUUCAAAAGGAAAAUGGGAGAAAAUGUGAUUUAGAAGAGUCAAAUGCUUUAUCCUACCCAUCCCAAAUUGUUUUUUUUUUUUGUUGUUGUUGUUGUUUGUUUGUUUGUUUUCUGUUUUGUUGUUAUGAUAUCCAUCCUGGUAUAGAAUAAUAAAAAAAAAAUUCCUGUUGAAAUAAAGUCACCAUUAUUAUCAGUUACUCCCUGGCCCUAGUCAAAGAAUGGUAAUAGUAUUAUAAAUAUGGUUAUACCGAAACAAAACGUUUAGAACAAGAAGAAUCUUCUAAGAAAUACUUGAUUCUGUUAAAAUGUAGAGGUGCUAUAAUAUUCAAAGUAUCAUAUUCUUUGGGAGUCUAGAAAACCUAAUGGUGCUUCUCCCUUGGAAAUGCCAUAGGAAGCCCACAACUGCUAAUUUAUAAUUUUGGUGCAAAAGCAAACAGUUCCAGCAAGGUCUCAAAAAAAAAAAUCUCAUUAUAACUUAUUAAAAUAAUAUAUGGUGCAAAGUAUCAGUUUAAAGCUUUUGACUAAUCUAAGUAAAGGAAUAUGAAGGGAUUGUAAAUAAGGAAAUGUCCAUUAAUAGACCUGUAUAUGUAAAAUAGGGUAAUUCAAUGACUUGUUUUAGUAUUUUCUGUGCCUUAGAUAUCUGUUUUAAAAUGUGGCAUUUUUUUCUUUUGUUUUGUGUUUUUGUUGUUUUUUGAGACUAAGGUUUCUUAUAAGUAUAUAAGUGAUUGUUUAUUGCUUCAGCUGCUUAAAUAACAUAUUUUCUAGCAUUUGACUAUCAGGAGUACACCCUUGUGAUAACUACAUUUUAGAUUUUAAGCCUUAGCUUCUACUAGAAGUUGUUUCCUCACCAGAUAUAAUGGAUAAAACUUUAUGUCCCUUAAUCCAUCCAUCCAUCUACCCAUUUUCCCAGUACAUACUUAUUGAAUACCCGCAAAAUUUAAAUGUCACUUUUGUUUUUCUCUGAAUCAUCACCUAUGAAUUGGUAGAGUUGAAGAAUUAAAAUCCUCAAUGAUACCUUGGAUAUAUAUUUUUAAAGAAAUAGCAAAUUACAUUCAAAAUAAAGGGAGUAGUGAGAUUUAUGAAGCUAGUUAUAGUUUACCAAAACAUGUACUGAGAAUGUCCAUUUUAAGCUAAAAUGUUUCCAGUCCAUUGUUGUAAUUAACAUCAUGAAUGGAGUGUGCUCUUUCUCCUGAAGUGAGAAAAUAAAUUGGUUUAAAUGACAUUUUCACUCAUAAAACUGGUCAUCUAACACUUCUGCAGCUCUAUUAUGUUUUAGUAUAAUGACUUUUCUUUUUCCUUUUUAUUGCACUAAAAUUAGGUUUUAAGUCUGCUUUUUGUUCAUGGUAUGAUCAUUGAACUCAUUUAUACCUGACUUCCAAGUUAUUCCAGUUAAUAAUGUUACAAAUUUAUCAACUAUAAUGGCCAGGCACAGUGGCACUCACCUGUAAUCCCUGUGGCUCUGGAGGCUGAGACAGGAGAAUCAAAAGGUCAAAGGCAGCUUCAGCAAUGGCAAUGCGCUAAGCAACUCAGUGAGACCCUGUGUCUAAGUAAAAUACAAAAAUGGGGGUUGGGAUGUAGCUAAGUGGUCGAGUACCCCUGAGUUCAAUCCCCAGUACCAAAACAACCAAAUUUAUCAAUUAUAAUAACUUUUACCUAUUGUAGAAUCCUACUGAAAGUAUAACUGUACCUCAAAAUUCCAUUUCUAGUGUUUAUGAGGCCAUCACUGAAUUAUAUUUUCCCCCUCUGCUCAUCAGCCUUACCUACAUUUUGUUUCCAAUUUAUCCUCAAAUAGCCAACUAAAUCAUAUCAACCUAAUUGAAAUAUCUAUUGGGCAAGGAAACUACAAUUGUAGUUGAAUUUUGGGGACAUUCACAUCUUCAGUAACUUUUUAACAUCAUUAUUAUUCAAUUUGCAUGUGGAUGAAAUAAUUUGAUUUGUUACAUACAGAACUUCACUAGAUGAGAUCCAUAACCCAUUUACUUAAGACAUAACCCCAAUACAUACUUAAUUGAAUGCAUACCCUUGUGCAAAUGUACCGACUUAGUUCAUAGGAAGUAACCUACUUUCUAAUGUUAUUACUCUGGUGGAAUCACUGAUUUUCAUUCCACCAUAGCAUGAGUAAAAUUAACCUGAAAAUAGUUCUUUAAAACAAAAAAAAUCAAGAUUUUUUUUUUCCUCAGACAAAUUUAAAAUAUCAUUGCAUCACAGUUUCCACCAAUAAUGGGCACAGCAUUUCCUUUGAACAUACCUACUAAAUUGGUUGGUGUAUGCAAUCUUUAAUAGUUUCCUUCAAUUUCACUCCUUAAUGCAUGGAAACCUAGGUUUACUACAAGUGUGAGUUUUAAUCUUUUGUAGAAAUUUAUGACAAUUGUUAAAUAAGAUAACAUGUUAGCUUCUCAGAGUGUUGGAAUUCACCUCAGAAGUCAAACAGUUCAUUCACUAGAAGCCAAAGAACAGAUAUCAAUUUCAAUUUGUAAUUAAACCUUGAACCUUGUACAGGUGAAGACUACUUUGUGCUUAUAACCGUAGAGUAUAAACAAACUUUAUUUUAUCUCACCCACAAAGUGAUUUAUCACUAGGAAAUAGUCUUCUUUGGGAACGUAUCAAAAUUAAAUGCCAACAAUUCUGGAGGCUGAAGCAGGAAGGUUAUGAAUUCAAUCUAGCCUAUGAAAUUUUGUGAGACUCUAAACUAGUUAGUAAUGAAACCCUGUCUCAAGAUAAAGGGAUACAAGUGGACUGCAUGGUAAACACCUGGGUUCAAUCCCGAGCACACACAAAAGAAAAUAAUAUAAAAUGGCUUUUCCCCUCCACCCUGAGAUCUUUUGAAAAAGUGAACAGUGAAAAUAGGUCAAAAUGCCCCUGCCUGCUGACUUCAUGUACUUUUGUGGGAAAUGAGCUGACUUACCCAUGAAGCUGUCUUUUGUUUGUUUGUUUUUUAUUUAAUUUGGCACAGUAGUGGGGACUGAACCCAGGUCCUUGUGUGUGCCACUGAACUACCUCCCCAUCCCUGGGAGCUAUUUUGUUAACUCUUCCUAGAAGAUGUGGCAAUACUCUGGCAUUUCAUUAAGCACAUCUCAAGAGCUUCUAUACUAUAGGCUUAUACUUAUUCCUUCCCUUGGUACCUAGCAUACAUAAGGAUGUUUUUAAAAUAUUGGAUGAUUACAGGGCUGGAGCUGGAGCUCAGUGGCAGAGCACUUGUUUACCAUGUAUGUGGCACUGGGUUCAAUCCUCCACACCACAUUUAAAAAAGGAAAAAUACAGCCAUUCUGUCCAUCUACAAGUGAUUGAAAUAUUUGAGGAAAUCAUUUCCAUAACUACCUAGCCAUGGUUAUACAAUUCCCUUCAUAUCCAGCUAGGCAAGUUCCAGCAAUUAAUUUCGAUGUGUCUCUCUACAUGAAGUGGAAUAUUGUUUCAACAUCCAUAGUUCCUAAAAUUACUCAUAGGUGUGUUGUAGCUUCAGCACCGGUCUGUACAUCAUACUUAAACCAAGUGAUGUCAUCAGUGCCAGAUUACCGAGUCUGAGUUUACCUAAAUCAAAUUGUGUUCCAUGUUGAGUUUUCUUCUUACAGCGUUAGAAAAUGUUUUCAUUGUGGCUCAGGAAGGCAAAUUCUGGAAGUCAAAAUCCAUAUGUACUUCAUUGGAGACUGAGUCUGCAUUUUCUUAAAUGUGUGUGCUAUAUAGAAACAGUAGGCUAAGACAGGAUGAUGAGUUCAAAGUCAGCCUCAGCAAUUUAUCCAGGCCUUAAGCAACGCAGAGAGACCUUUUCUCUAAAUAAAUAUAGGGCUUAGAGAUGUGGCUCAGUGGUCAAGUUCCCCUGAGUUCAAUCUCCAGUGUUCAAAAAACAAAAGAAAGUGAAUACCUUGCUGGACACAGUAAUCAAGAGGAUCACAAGUCAGAGCCCAACCUGGGCAAUUAAGCAAGGUCCUGUCUCACGAUAAACUAUAUUUAAAAAAAGAGAGAGGUGGCUGGAGAUAUACUCAGUGAUAGAGCAGUCCAGUUUAAUUCCUAGUACCACAUUUUUAAAAAAAGGAAAAAGUGAGUUUCUCUAUUUUUAAGAAUGGUAGAGCAAGCUUUUAUUCAGGAGCUCACUAUUUUUGUCCUUGUUGAACUUUUUAUGCAGUUCUGCAUCUGGAUGAAUUUAAUUUCCCACAUCUUGCCCCUGGGCUGGUCUUUAACUACCCCAAUCUUCCUGCCCCAGCCUCCCAGAUAGCUGAUACUAUAGGCAUGAGCUACUGUGCCCAGCUUGAAUGAAUAUGUUUUGAUCCUUUCUUGGGGAGGGAUGCGCCCAAUUAAAUACCACUGUUUACACAAAAGUUUUUUUUUUGUUUGUUUGUUUGUUUUUUUUUUGAGAUGGAGGUCUUCUUUAUUCCCCAAACAAGCCUCUGACAAAAGGCAUAUAUUUCAUUUCAUCAAGUAAUCCAAAGGGAACACUUAUAUUGUCACUCUUCAUUUUCACUUGUCUUUAAAGUGCCUCAAAGGCCAGGUGCAGUCAUGCGCCUGCUCAAGAGGCUGAAGCCAGACACAUCACAAAUUUGAGACCAGCUUUAGGGAGACCCUAUCUCGAAAUAAAAAAUAAAAGGGGCUGGGGAUAUAGCUCAAUAGUUUAAGUGACCCUGGGUUCAAACCCAGUACCAAAAAAGGGCGGGGUAGCUCAAGGCAUAUUCAAGUUUCUCUUGGUUAGUAUGCAAACACUUCAUAUUGCUAGCUUUAAAAAUCAAACAUUAAUAGUUUCCUUAUUUCCUGUAGACAUUUUUCCAUCCAUACUAUCAUUCUCAUUAUCUGGGUCAUAAACUUUGUUCUGCCAUAGAUGUCCCUUAUUUUAAAGCAAAAUUUAGUCCAAAGUAGGAAUGUUAUCAAACAGAGCAUUAGCUGAUAUAACUCAUUUAUGUUUGAGACUUGGUUAAUCCUAUAAACAUAAUUGUCUAAAAAUAGAAAUUUUGCCCGAGCAGCUGUUAUGUAAAGGCAUUCUCUUGUUCAUAAGAAAAAAAAAUUGCAGCUGUCAGAUUUUCAUUUUAGGAGAAAUAAUAUUGGAAUGUAAUUCUCCAUUUGGCAGGCUAUAAACUUAAAAUCCUGGGAUAAAAAUUCGGAUCAUUAUUAUUUUUCCAUUUUAUGGAAGCUGCACUGUUUUCUAAGUUCACUUUGAUUCUUUUUACAUCUUUAUUCUUCCUGUGAUUUUUAUUUACAUUAAUAAAAAUUUCUUUGUCCUGUUUCCAUUCCUCAGAUCCAUUCUGCAAAUACACAUGGUUUGUUUUAAAAACAGUAGUGACCCUGGUUAAGUUGUCUUUUUCUGUCUUUUAAAAUCAUAUCUCACAAGUCCUUUCAGAUACAAUACCAAAAACAAUCAAGAGCUUUUAUUAAACCAUUUAAAUUUAGUGGCAAAUUCUGUUUAUAGGAAUACGCACUAGAUACAAGAACAGAGUUUAUUAUCAAGUGGUGUCUCUACAAAUCCCAUUAAUAUUUAAAUUUUCUCUUGGUGUUCAAGACUUUUGCCAAAAAAAUUGUAUUAGAAGAUAAAUAUUUUAAGACUUUGUGUAUUGUAUGGUUUUGCAAUUUCUGUGUAAUCCCUCAUGCUAAUUAUAAAUUUACUAAACAGUAACUGGAUUAGUAAUGGAUCUUAUCUAUAAAGUAGGCAGUAUCUCUUUAUCUGUAUUUCUAAUUUCCCAAUCAAACUAUGUGGAUAGCUAUUUUCUAAUGUAAAUUUACUCCUUUGGAAUUCUUAGGUUGUUAGCAAUAGUAGGAACUAUUCUAUAAUCUGGGUGAGAAAAGUCUGAAAAUGAAAGUAAUUGGAAGAGGGUGAUUUAGUAAGCCAUCAGAAACUGAAGGGCACGGCACUAUGGGGAAGAGUUAAGGGCCAGAAAGGAGGGAGAAUUAUGCUCCUACCAGCAACUGAAGGUUCAGUCAACCACCUCAAAAGGAAGAGAUACUUUUUAAUAUUUCUUCUUUGCACUCUACAACAUUUUAUAUAUGAAAGUUGCUGCUAAAAUUAAGGAAAUGUUUUGGACGUAAAUAUGACAGUAAUAAAAGCUAUGAUCCUUGGCUGGGGAAAUAUCUCAGUGGUACAGUGCUUGCCUUGCAUGUUCAAGGCCCUGGUUUAAUCCCCAAUAUCAAUAAUAAUAACAAUAAUUAUAAUAAUACCCGUGCACUUAAUGAAGCACUAUGAUAAAACUGCUUUAUUAUGUGCAACUUUUUCUUUCUGAUACUGAAAAUCCGACAAAGAAUAUUAUUCCCAUCUUACAGAUCAGGAAUCUGUGGAUGACAAGAAUAGUAAAUGGCUGGGACUUAGAGAGUCACCAAGCAACUCAAACAAUCUGAGAUUAAAAUAUUUAGUAUCUGCAGAUUGCUAAAUGUAUUUCUACACCCUGAAACUGACAGAGAAUCUUAUCAUUUGAAGAACAUGUUUCUCAAGUAUUUUGUUUCCAUUAUUUAUUAAACUAGCUAUUUUCUCAUGCCUAAGAAAAGAUUCCUAAAUUCCUAGGACUUACAUAUUAGGGCUUGGAUUUACUGAUUUUUCUUUCUUUCUCUUUUCUCCUAAAAAAAAAAAAUAAUAAUAACUUUAUAAAGAGUAUCCCUGGGGGCUGGAAUGUGGUUUAAGCAGUACGCUCACCUGGCAUGCACGGGGCACUGUGUUUAAUCCUCAGCACCACAUAAAAAUAAAGAUGUUGUGUCCACUGAAAAGACUUAAAAAAAAAAAAAUACCCCGGUACUACUAAAAUCGGCAAUCUUCUAAAUAAUUUUUUGAAUACUACUUAAAAAAAGACCAGGG